ACGAUCCCAAAAUUCAUUCCCUCCUCGAUCAUCAUCUCUCUCUCCCUUGGCGUCUUUUGUUUUUCCCAGGAGUCAGAAAGGUAAUGGAUUCUUCUUACCCUCUCUCUCCAAUCUCCCUCAUCCAUCGGAUCAAAGAUUCCUUCCAUUUCGCCAUUUCUGCCCUCCUCGCCAACCUCUUCUCCGCCCUCUGCACCUUCCUCUUUGCUUUAGUGGGGACAUUGCUAGGAGCGUUGACAGGGGCUUUGAUCGGGCAAGAAACAGAGAGCGGUUUCAUCAGAGGAGCCGCCGUUGGAGCUAUUUCAGGAGCUGUCUUCUCCAUCGAAGUCUUUGAAUCUUCCCUCCUCCUCUGGCAAUCCGAUGAGUCUGGAAUCGGAUGCCUUCUCUACUUGAUUGAUGUGAUUGCUAGCCUUUUGAGCGGGAGGCUUGUUCGUGAGCGUAUGGGCCCUGCAAUGCUGAGUGCGGUCCAGAGCCAGAUGGGAGCUGUGGAGUCACAGUUCCAAGAUCAACCUGACAUCUUCGACACUGCCAUCUCAAAGGGUCUCUCAGGGGAUUCUCUGGACAGGAUCCCGAAGGUCCGAAUCACAGACUCCUCAGGGGAGCUUGUCUCUUGCUCUGUCUGCCUUCAGGACUUUCAGGUGGGAGAGACAGUUAGAAGUUUGCCGCAGUGCCAUCAUAUGUUCCACCUUCCGUGCAUCGAC